UUCCGCCAUUGACCUUCAUUUUGCCUAAAGAUCAUGAGCCAUCGGCAAAUCGGAUUUAAUGUAUCAUUAUAUUGAUCAGUUUCACCCGUAAACAUGUUGAGUGAAGCCGAAUCCAUGGCGAGAAGAAUCCCGUUCCUCCUCUACACCCUCUUCAAUCUCACGCCUGCUCUGUUUUCGCUCUCCUAUGCCGGUGAUACCUUAACCCCUGCCCAGCCUCUCCUUGAUGCCGCCGGAGCAACCUUGAUCUCCGAAGGCGGUAACUUCGAGCUGGGAUUCUUUAGCCCCGCCGGAUCUAGCAACCGCUACGUCGGCAUGUGGUUCGGCAACGUCUCCCAGCAAACCGUCGUAUGGGUCGCAAAUCGCAACCGCCCGAUCACCGAUGGCUCCGGCCUCCUGUUGCUUACUGCAAACGGAACGCUUGUCGUCUCCAACAACAGCUCCGUCGUCUUGUGGUCUUCCAGCUCACCGGGGCUCUCUAGCCCCAUGGCGCAACUCCUCGACAGCGGGAACUUGGUUGUUCGAGAAGCCGGCGACGUCGGCAGUAGCCGCUACGCAUGGCAGAGCUUUGACUUCCCGACGCACACGCUCCUCCCGGGCAUGAAGUUGGGGUGGAACCUGACGAGUAGACGCAACCGCAUCCUCACGGCAUGGACGAGCUCCAGCGACCCGGCAGAGGGGAACUACACCUUCGGCAUCGACUUGCGCGGCGAUCCCCAGAUAAUCGGAUGGGUGGGCACGCGGCAAUACUUGCGCAACGGGCCAUGGAACGGCCUCUACUUCAGCGGCGUCCCGGAGAUGAUGUCCAGCGAUAUGUUGGACUACAGCUUCGUAAUCGACGGCGAACAGGUGGUGUACAGCUACACCGUCCGAGAUCCCUCGUUGAUCAGGCAAGUGGUCAUCAAUCCGACGUCCGGCGCCAUAGAGGGCCUUCUGUGGACCAAGGACAGUCAAUCAUGGAGCACGCGGGCGGCGGUGCCGAGGGAUACCUGCGACCGCAUCAUCUCCCUCUGUGGCCCCUACGGCAUUUGCUACCCGAACGUGUGGCCUAUGUGCAAGUGUCUGACGGGUUUUCAUCCUCGGAAUCGAAACGACUGGGAGCUCGUCGCGAACACCUCCGACGGCUGCGUGAGGAACACAGAGUUGGACUGCCAUAACAAAACAGACGGGUUCAUCCUGCAGAGCAACGUGAAAUUGCCGGACACGUCCGCGUCGACGGUGGACUGGAGCACGGCGAGCCUCGAUGACUGCAAAAUUUCGUGCCUGAGCAACUGUUCUUGCACGGCUUAUGCGAGAGCGAACAUUAGCAGUAAUGGCCGAGGGUGCAUCUUGUGGUUCACUCAGCUCACAGACAUCAAAUUGUUCAACACUGGAUCCGGACAAGAUCUAUACGUCAGGGUUGCAGCUGCAGACGUGAAAGAAGCCAUGGAAUCAAGUGGUUCUCACAGAGGCGUGAUCAUAGUCGUCUCCUCGGUGGCAACUUUGACUUUUCUUACACUUGUUGCCUGUUUCAUUUGGAAAAGGAAGAAAACAGAGUAUUCUAUCCGGGAAGAAAUUGAAGAAGAGAUGAUAAACCUGCCCUCGUUCGACUUUGCUGCAAUUGUACAAGCUACUGAUAACUUUUCUUCGUCUAACAAGCUUGGAGAGGGAGGGUUUGGUCCUGUGUAUAAGGGUAGGCUGAAAGAAACGGAAAUAGCUGUGAAAAGAUUGUCCAAAACAUCAGAACAAGGUGCAGAUGAGUUCAAGAACGAGGUAGUGUCAAUCGCGGAGCUUCAACAUAGAAAUCUUGUUCGACUCCUCGGCUAUUGCAUUGAAGCAAAUGAGCGAAUGUUGCUCUAUGAAUACAUGCCCAAUGGAAGCCUAGACAAAUUCUUGUUUGAUAAAGUCAAAGCUAGAUCGCUGGAUUGGAAAUCGCGUUACAACAUAAUUCUUGGCAUUGCUCGAGGUUUUCUCUACCUUCAUCAUGAUUCGAGACUAAGAAUCAUUCAUAGAGAUUUGAAAGCAAGUAAUAUUCUUCUUGAUAAAGAUAUGAAUCCAAAAAUAUCAGAUUUUGGCUUAGCAAAAAUAUUUGAUGGAAAUGAAACAAUAAGAAAAACAAGGAGAGUCGUUGGAACAUAUGGAUAUAUGUCUCCAGAAUAUAUCAAAAAUGGAACUUACUCAGUGAAAUCAGAUGUUUUUAGUUUUGGUGUAUUGAUACUUGAAAUCAUUUCCAGCAAAAAGAAUGUUGGAUGCUACAUUUCUACAGAGCACCUAAACCUUCUAGAGCAUAUUUGGACUUUGUGGAAGGAAGAUAGAGUUUUGGAAGCUGUGGAUGAGUUAAUAGGAUCAUUUUGUGUUGCUGAAGUUUUGAAGUGUAUAAAUAUCGGGCUCCUGUGUGUUCAAGAGCAACCAAAAGACAGACCCACAAUGUCAUCAAUAGUAUCAUUUUUGGGUAAUGAUACUACUCAAUUGUUAGAACCUAAAAGACCAGGUUUUGUGAUGCCAACAGAUCCAUCUGAAACUAAUUUGAAUAGUUUUGAUCCUUUUAAUCAUUUAUCAAUCACAGUUUUAGAAGGUCGAUAAAAUCAUCACAAUCAAAAUGUAGAUACCAUUUUGAUGUCAAUUCAACAUUUUUUAUUUUUAUGUUACAUGUCAAACAACAGUAGACAAUACAUAAAGAUUGAUAUUGUAAAAUGUGCUCUAGCGAUGUUCUGAAACAUGUUCUUGUAAUACUGUCAAAAAUUUUAUCUCA